GGAGCGACUAGUACACUUGUUAGGGUAAUUUUAGCGCAUCAACAAGUUUGAGAUGAAAGAGUUGGGUGCAGCUAAGAAGAUAUUAAGAAUGGAGAUUCACAGGGACCACAAGGGAGGUAAAUUGUUUCUCUCCCAAAAGAAGUACAUUGAAAAAGUACUUGAGCGGUUUGGUUUACAUGAAGUUAAGGCUAUGACUACUCAUUUGGGAGCACAUUUUAAGCUUUCCUCAAAUUUGUCACCAGAAACAGAGGAGGAAAAGAAGUAUAUAGCAUGUGUCCCUUAUGCGAGUGCUGUUGGGAGCUUAAUGUAUGCUAUGGAAGCUAUGAAGUGGAUCCUCCGAUAUUUACGAGGCAUGGUAGAUGUUGGACUAGUCUACGAUUGGAGUGUUGAUCCAAGUGAAAAUGUAGUAGAAUUCAUCGACUCUGAUUUUGCCGGUGAUUUGGACAAAAGGAGAUCAACUACAGGAUAUGUCUUUACUCUCUCAGGGUGUGCCAUUAGUUGGAAAGCUACAUUGCAAUCAACAAUUGCCUUGUCAACAACUAAGGCAGAGUACAUGGCAAUUACUAAGGCAAGUGCCAUUCACUUGAGGAAGAACACCAUGUACCACGAGAGAACCAAACACAUUCAAGUUCGGUAUCACUUCGUCCAAGAGGUUGUAUCCAAUGGAGAUGUGCUCGUUGAAAAGAUAUCAACUGACGAGAAUCCUGUGGAUAUGAUGACAAAGCCGGGGAAUGAAGCUAUUGGUUCUGAAUCUUAUUUUUUGAAUGCUCGCCAAGGGUGCCUUGACAUUGAUUUCAUCUCGAGUGGCAAACAUCCUCCUUUUGGCCUCUUCCUCAACACUUCAUUCCCUCUGAGGCAUUUUAGUGUUAUCUCAUAAGUUUGAAGGUACUUUUCCCUUUUGUAAUACUCAUCAACAAAGUACUCAAAACUUCAAUCUUUGAAUCUGAAUGUACAAAGAAAAUGUGGACAAAGAAUUACAAUGAGGUUCCAUUCUCUACAUGAGCAAUUUCUUUCCUGGACAUUGACCACAUGUGUAUACUGUUUAUGCCCACCAAACACAGUAAAGUCAUUGUCACCAU